GCCUGACCUGGAUUUAAAAUCCAAUCGUAUAAAACAGAGCCUCCUUCAUCUCUCUCUUUCUCUGAGCCCAGCAUUCAUAAAUUUUCCUCAUUUCAUAUUCAUACUUGCUCGCAGUUUCAAAUUUCAAAAAUCCACAAAAUAUUUCAGAUUUUUUUUUAUAAAGAAAACAGAAAUACAGGGGAAAAGGAAAGCCCAGGCCUUUUGAAUCCGAAAAGAUCCGCCCUUUUUCGGGUUGGAUCCUCCGAUCCGCCUCCGCCGUCGUCACCGUCUCUCGCCGCGAGUCUCAGAUCCUUCAAGGCAUGGACUUCUGAUUGGAAAAGUGCGCUUAUCGAGUUUCCUGUGUGUCAUGGAUUCGGACAAUUCGGAAGCCGCCUAUGGGCUUCAGGUCGCGCUUGAAAAUGGUGAUCAUGGGCAACUUAAUGUUGGUCCAGACGCAAUUAAUGGGAGUGCCAGUGAAACUGCUCUUACUGAGUCUGCUGCACUAAAUGGGAAAAUGGAAAAUGUGGUGAACUCGGAUGAUGGUGUCUCUAACAACUCGUCUGCUGGAGAAGUGAAAGAGGAAUCCAGAGUCAACUCGAGCAAUGGUUUGAAAAUUGCUAAGGAAAGGGGACCAAAAGUUUCUGUUCAGUCAAAGCAAUUCAAAGUGCAGAAGGGUCAAGGUAAGAGUAAGAUUGAGAAGCCACCUAGUCCCAAGAUCGCCUUGCCAACUUCAAUGAAGAAAAGCAAAGAUGGAAAUGAUGCAGAGGCAACAGCUACUGUUUCCAAUGAUUUAGCUGCUCCAAUUUCACGGGCCAAGCAGCCUAACAAGAGUAGAUCAUCGAAUGGCCCGCAGGUUCAGUUAUCCGAUCAGCAACCUAAACAAUCUGAGGCACCAUCAACUGAAGGCCUUGUGGAGAAGACAGAUCUGAAGCCACUAAUCAAAGGCUCUUAUAAGGCUGAUGGAGACUCACAAUCUUCUUUAAGUCCCACAGAAGGAGAUAAACCGCCUAGGGUGGGUACGUUGCCGAACUAUGGUUUCAGCUUUAGGUGUGAUGAAAGAGCUGAGAAAAGAAGAGAGUUCUACACCAAACUUGAGGAAAAGAUACAUGCAAAGGAGAUGGAGAAGAAUAAUUUGCAAGCCAAGUCUAAGGAAACUCUAGAAGCUGAGAUCAAGAUGCUCAGGAAGAAGCUGACUUUUAAAGCAACUCCAAUGCCAAGCUUUUAUCAGGAGCCUCCACCUCCUAAGGUGGAGCUAAAGAAGUUACCAACAACAAGAGCCAAGUCUCCCAAGCUCGGCCGCAAGAAGAGCUUACCUGCAGCAGAUUCUGAAGGAAACAGUACAACCAAGAGUCAAUCUGGCAGGCUUAGUCUGGGUGAGAAAGUUCCUCAAAAUUCUGCCAAAGGACCUUCUCCUGUGCUUCCAAAGAAGCCUCAAAGAAAGUCUCUUCCUAGAUUGCCAUCUGAGACCACUACUUUAUCUGGUGUGAAGAAUGUGAGAAAAGUUACUUCCAAGGCAAUAAAGGAGGAAAAGAACAACUUGAUCAAUGCAAUGAAUGAAGAGGCUGCCACCUUGCCCAGUGCAGCAAGUGGAGCUGGACCUCACAUCCAAGAGCAGGAGGUGGUUCCCAGAGCUGAGAUAACUGAACCCUACACUGAAGAGCCAGAAACGGUUCCAAGGGCUGUGAUAAGCGAGGAGCAGAGCCAUUCAGAUGAUGACACAGUUAAUGAAGAGGAACAUCAUCCCACCUUGGUUCAAGAGCCUAUAUCGCUGGCGAAUUGAGCGAAAAGUAUGGACAUAGGUGGAUGCUGGAUGAGAAAGCUCAAAAGACUCCAUUUAUGAAAAUAAGAAAGGUAUUUAGACCCGAAUCAUUAGACGAAGAAGGCAUGAAGAAUUUUGGAUUAUGGUUUGUCUGUCUUGUCUGUUGUCAGCAGCAUGGUUGUUUUGUGUGCUUGCUUUCAGAGGUUGCUGGUCUUUGUCACUGGGAUGCUACAUUCCAGUUUGCAGCACUGUAUGUAACUAUUUUUCAGGUUGUUUUCUAAUUUAUAUGUUUAAGCAUGCAUUAGUUGCCAGAUAAUUAGAAGUAUUUGGAAAAUUUUGAAAACCUCCUCUAGAUAGUUCGUGCUUGGAAGUAUAUCAUGUUUAAGCUCUUCUGUUGUUGAACAAUUGGGAAUUGUGAAUCAAUCAAGGCUGAUUUUGUGCUGUAC